AUGGACAGGCGAAGCCUGCGCACCGUCACCGCACACCUGACAGCCUGCUCGCUCCCGAAGGCGUACAACCUCGCUGCUGCCAUGCAACCCCGUUCGGGAACACCGUCUGUGCUCCAGGAACGCGAGAAGAAGAAGAAGGAGAGCAUCUUGGAUCUCUCCAAGUACAUCGACAAGACGAUCCGCGUGAAGUUCCAGGGCGGCCGCGAAGCUAGCGGAGUCUUGAAAGGAUUUGACCCACUUCUGAACCUUGUGCUUGAUGGUACCAUUGAGUACAUGAGAGAUCCAGAUGAUCAAUACAAAUUAACAGAAGACACGCGCCAGCUGGGGCUGGUGGUCUGCAGAGGAACUUCUGUGGUUCUCAUCUGUCCACAGGAUGGCAUGGAGGCCAUUCCAAACCCUUUCAUUCAGCAGCAGGAUGGCUAAUGCUUUCUUGGGACUGUCUCUUCAAGGUUGCAAGUCAUUGGAGGAAAAUCAGUGU